CUUUUUGCGAUUUAUUACCUCUUAUCCAGUCGCUUUGGAGCCUGCACACGUUUACCUCGAUCGAGACCAGUGCAUGGGCCGUUGGCGCCAUCUACCUUUGGCGUCUGGGUGUGCGCCUCCUCCUAGAGAUCAGUUGCGUUUCCUCUGAUUCUCGGCCCACCCCCCUCCCAAUCGCUCCCGCAAAGAAACUGGGAACAACUAUAUUUCCAACCCAGCAUCCCAAACGUUUGACAUAUGACUCUUAACGAACUCGACUCUUUACUUCAUGAUCGACUGAUUUGCCGCUCGCUUUCUUCCAAGACCCUUCAGUCCAAUCCACCAGACCUCUCGCUGCUUUUCCCCUUCGUAAAACUGGUUGAUCUUGGUUGCCCGUCUACCUUUGCAUUGCCCUACGUGCGAAAUAAACGAUCUACCAUUUCAUUGUGACUAAUAUCUACAUAUCCUUUCUUUUACUCCUUGAUCGCCCGGCCAUCAACGGUCCGGCAGUUCUAAAAUCUCACCAUGGGGCCAGUGGAAUUCACGCCUUGGCAUCGCAAUGAUAUUCGAGCCCUAAAUGACGUGAAACAGACUUUCUCGAGCUGGGACUCGUGUAUGGCAAAGCCAUAUUGCAAAUGGCCUGCCAUCGUCGGAAUCGUCGUGGGAUCCUUGGUCGUCAUCGGUAUCGCUUGGUGCAUAAUCAGUUGCCUGUGCUGCGGUUACACAUGCUGUAAGGGCUGCUGCUCUUGCUGCUCCUGCUGCGGAGGUGGUGGUGGCAGCAGUGGCGGACAGCGCUCCAAAUACGCCGACCCGCCGGCUGCUUACCCACCUCCACCAGCUCCCAAUUACGGGUACCAGCCUUCAGCUCCGCCCGUCUAUGACAACCCCCCACCACCAACGAAGAACUGGAGCCCAGUUGCCCAGCAUGCACAGUUUGACGUGCCGACACAGAAGGCGGUUAACGAAGAUGCCUUGCCGCACAUGCCAAGUUGGGCCAACGCCACAACGAGGAGAGUCGAGGAUACAUCGCAAGACGUCGAGAUGAACCAGCUGAGCCCGGCCACGGGGCAGGCUAUCGGCACCGCUGGUCGAAAUCACUCCGGAUACUACGAAGUCCCAUCCCAGCCAACCUCUCCCCACUUCGCUCCAGACAACGCCUAUCGCGGCACCGAGCUUGCAGGUACCCCAGCCAGCCCGUCGAACAUCGGCAUUGCCCAAACUCAGGGAUUCAGCAAUCAGCCGUAUAGAGACCGCUCUCCCGUUCACAGCACAGGAGGAAUGUUCGUUGACACUACCCAUCCAUAUUCGCGGUCACCAAACGCUUCCCCUCCUCCGGUGCAGAAUGCUUAUGCGCCUUAUUCUCCUCAUGGCCAGCAGCAAUCAGGUUACGCAGCGUAUUCCCCGUCCAUCCCGUCCUCCCCGCCGCCGCCAUUCUCGUCAACGUAUGGUGAUAAUAAUAAUGGGCGGCAAACGCCAACUUUGCUGCAGGCUGGGAGGAAGCCGGUCGAAAAUUCGUGGAAAGAUGUCUAA